ACAUGACACCUGCAAUAUCAGCGGCCGUUGUGCUGGUGGUCAGUCUUGGCCUUUGUUUCUCCAUCCCCAUCCCUGUGGAGGACAGCUCUGAAGUCACGGAGAAUGAUCUUCGCUUUGCACAGAAAUAUCUAAGCGCCUUGUAUAGUUCUCCAUCCAAUCCCAUUGGGAUUCUGAGAAAGACAGGAGCUAACAGUGUGACUUCUCAGCUCAAAGAGAUGCAAGCCUUCUUUGGCCUGGAUGUAACAGGCAAACUGGAUGAAGAAACUCUGGAAAUUAUGAAACAACCAAGAUGUGGUGUUCCAGAUAUAGGAGAAUACAAUUUCUUCCCAAGGAAGCUGAAAUGGCCCAAAAAUAAUAUCACCUACAGAAUUCUUAACUACACCCCAGAUUUACCACGUGCCGAUGUGGACAGAGCUAUCAAGAAGGCGUUAAAGGUGUGGAGUGAUGUCACCCAAUUAAAUUUCACUAGGCUGCGGUCUGGCACUGCUGAUAUUAUGGUUUCUUUUGGAAAAAAAGAGCAUGGUGAUUACUACCCAUUUGAUGGACCUAAUGGUUUGCUAGCUCAUGCUUUUCCCCCUGGAGACAAAAUUGGAGGAGACACUCACUUUGAUGAUGAUGAAAUAUUCACAAAUGACUAUAAAGGAUACAACCUUUUUAUUGUUGCCGCUCAUGAAUUUGGCCACGCUCUGGGCCUUGACCAUUCCAGAGAUCCAGGCUCCUUGAUGUAUCCGGUUUAUAGCUACGCAGAAACCACCAACUUUGUUCUUCCUGAUGACGACGUACAAGGAAUUCAAGAACUCUAUGGGCCGGGUAACAGAGACCCAAAUCCAAAACACCCCAAAACUCCUGAAAAGUGUGACCCAGAUCUGGAGAUUGAUGCAGUCACUGAACUCAGAGGAGAAAAGUUUAUCUUCAAAGACAGGUUUUUUUGGAGAGUCCAUCCUCAGAUGACUGAUGCAGAGUUAGUUUUGACUAAGUCUUUCUGGCCUGAACUUCCAAACAAAAUUGAUGCUGCCUAUGAGUAUCCCCAGAAGGAUCUGAUAUUCAUUUUUAGAGGAAAGAAGUUCUGGGCUCUGAAUGGAUAUGAUAUAAUGGACGACUAUCCCAAAAAACUAUAUGAACUUGGUUUUCCAAAAACUCUGAAAUCUAUCGACGCAGCUGUUCAUAAUGAUGCAACUGGCAAGACGUAUUUCUUUACUGAAGACAAGUAUUGGAGCUAUGAUGAAGAAAGCAUGACUAUGGAUAAAGGCUUCCCCAGGGUGAUUGCAGAUGACUUUUUGGGUAUUGGGGAAAAGGUUGAUGCGGCUUAUCGAAGAAACGGUUAUAUCUACUUCUUCAGUGGACCCGUUCAGUUUGAAUAUAGCAUUUGGAGUAAGAAAGUCACCCGAUUAUUGAAGACCAACUCCAUCUUGUGGUGCUAAUCCUGGAGAUAACACUCCAUGAUCGCCAUCCAUCACGGCAGAGUCUGGACCGCUGCCUUACUCCUAUCAUACAUAUAGCUGUGGAUAUAUUGAGAAUAUCACACGUCUGUAUCAUCACUUUGUACAAUGGUAACUGCACAGACACUACAUGAAUCCCUUCUUCGCUAUGUCUUGUGCUGUUGGCAUCAGUCCUGUUAUGGUUUUA